GCGGCGUGCGUGUGCGGAUGACCUCCCGCGUGUCGCUCGUCUCUCCCGAGGCGUAGGGAUAAAUGUAUACGCGCGGGCCCACCAAGCUUUUAGUUUACAACUCUGUACGUAGGAGCGAACAGCCGAUCGGCUCGUCCACACCUUUGUACUGUGCGUACACCUCGUCGCGACACUCGUUGAUCGCGCGGUGCGCGUGGUGCAAGUUCCAGGGCUCCUUUUUUUUUACCCCCUUCUUGUCUCCGAUUGACCUUUUUUUCGAAAAGUACUUUUUAGUCAAACCUCACUGGGUUCGGAGUGCGCGGGAGUUUGAAUUACCGUAAUCCCCCGACGAGGGAUCGAGUGCGCCAACGGGGAGCUUCCGGAAUUCCGGUGCGGGUCCCAAGGAAGACACCUCGAAUGGAGGUGGUGCGCGGGCCAGUUUUCGCGGCCACCGCCGAUCGCCGGAGGGUGCACCUGGUUGUCGUGAGCCUGUUGCUCCUCGUGGUGAGCCAUGCGUCCGGCCAGCUGGACCUGCCGCCCCUGCGCGAGGACAGGUACGAUCCAAACGACGGCAGGAGACUGCCACCGCUGACGCGAGUCGAGGACAGGUACGAGCCGGACGACGGUAGGCGGCUGCCGCAGGACAACGGCUACGACAGGGAUGAGGGGCGGAGGUACGGCGGUAAUCCCCAGGACGACAGGUACGACCGGUUCGAGAACAGGAGACCCACGCAACCACCGAGGGACGAUGGGUACGAGGGUCAUCCGGACAGGCGACCACCUCCGGUGGACCUGGCGAAUCUCCUGGCUGGGCUGGACUUUGUCGGGGCGCAGAGGUGCAGCGACAACGUCGCCGCCCAAUGGAACUACGAGACCAACGUCAACGAGGUCACCCAACUACAAGCGCUACAAGCCCAGAGGCUCUACGCGGACUUCCAGUUCCAGGCGUGGCUGCAGGUCAGCCAAAUCGACCCAAACUCCGUCAGGGACGCUACACUGAGGCGACGGCUCAGGUACCUCUCGGCCGUCGGUCCAGCUGCGCUACCGCCCGACCAGCUCGACAGGUACAAUCGCGUCAUCAACGACAUGCUGUCCAUAUACAACAGCGCGACGAUAUGCGCCUACAAGGAGCCCCUUAGAUGCGGCCUGCGCCUGUUUCCAGAAAUACAGCAGAUAAUGGCCCGUAGCAAGGACUGGGACGAGCUGCAGUGGGUGUGGACAGAGUGGAGGCGCCGGAGCGGCUCGCAGAUAAAGGAGCUGUACCAGCAGUUGGUCGAUCUCAACAACGAAGCCGCGCGACUCAACAAUUUCACGGAUGCCGCCGAUUACUGGCAGUUCCCGUACGAAACUUUCGACUUUGAGCAAGAAAUCGACGAGGUCUGGGCUGAGAUCAAGCCGCUCUACGAGGAGCUCCACGCGUACAUUAGAAAGAGGCUCCGCGAUAUCUACGGGCCGGAAAAGAUCAGCGGCCACGCGCCGCUGCCGUCCCACGUGCUGGGUAACAUUUGGGCGCAGUCAUGGACCAACAUAUUGGACAUGACUAUGCCGUAUCCCGGGAAAAAUUACCUCGACGUUACCCACGAGAUGCAAGCUCGAGGGUACACGCCGAUCGACAUGUUCCGCGUGGGCGAGGACUUUUUCCUCUCGAUGAACUUGAGCGCCCUACCCCCGGAAUUUUGGGCCGGCAGUGAGUUGAUCGAUCCCGGGAAUCGGCCCUUCAUCUGCCAAGCCUCCGCCUGGGACUUUUGCAACCGCAUAGACUACAGGAUAAAAAUGUGCACAAAAGUAACGAUGAAGGACCUGAUAACGGUCCACCACGAAAUGGCCCACGUCCACUACUUUUUGCGCUACAACCAUCUGCCGCGGGAAUUCCGGGACGGCGCCAACCCAGGUUUCCACGAAGCUGUGGGGGAAGCGGUGGCCCUCAGCGUGGCGACGCCCAAGCACCUGCAGAUGCUCGGCUUGGCAAACAAAUUCGUGGACGAGCGCGCGGCCGACAUAAACUACUUGUUUUCCCUGGCUAUGGAAAAAUUGGUCCUGCUGCCCUACAGCAUAGCCCUGGACAAGUGGCGUUACGACGUGUUCCGCGGGAAAAUCGGCAGAAACGAAUUCAACUGCCACUGGCAUCGGCUGAAGGAGGCGUACGCCGGGACCAAGCCCCCCGUGCUCAGAUCCGAGGACGACUUUGAUCCCGGCUCCAAGUACCACGUACCCGCCAACAUUCCCUACAUCAGGAACUUUGUCUCCGGAGUGCUGCAGUUCCAGCUGUACCGAGCGUUGUGCCGGGCAGCGGGACAGCGUUCGUUCGACGAUCCUCGCAAGCCGCUGCACAGGUGUGACUUUUACAGGAGCCCCGAGGCGGGUGCCAUAUUGGGGAAGCUUAUGGAAAGGGGAGCCUCGAGGCCCUGGCAAGACGUCCUGAUCGAGGCGACGGGCGAGGCGCGAUUGAACGCAUCCGCCCUCCGGGAAUACUUCCGGCCCCUCGAGGACUGGCUACGGGCGGAAAACUUCCGGACAAACGAACUCGUGGGCUGGACUUACGACGGCGACUACUGCAAGCUGAGCAUCGAGACGGCGGGUCUCGAGGUCUACGGCAACGGCUACUACUUCAACAGCGCAGCACCGGCGUACCUGGGAGCGACGCUCGUCACGACGAUCAUCUUGGCCUCGACCCUGUCCUUCCUCUGAGCCAUACUUGUAUAAACAACCCCUGCAGGAUAUCACACUUUUAAUACAUAAUAUGCGUGCCUAGUUACUCGUCGAGUACUGCGCCAAUUUCCAAACUGAUUAAUGCAAGUUUGCCCCGCGCGAACCAAAUAUAGGAUGUGCGAGUGUGUGUGUGUGUAAUUUUUGUGAUGAGAAUGAAAGCUGUGGUCAAGGAUUGGGGGUAAUAAGUUUGAUUCGAUCGUCAACCGAUCUUUGCCGAUUUUUGCCGAUCUGGAAACAGUAGGGGCCUCCGAAAUUCGUACCUUCGUCGCGAUUCCACCUCCCAAUGAUCACGUAAUACCGGGAUAACCAUGUCGUGGCGCGACAGAUGUUUGGGAUUGGAACGCGGAACCAAAGCGGAGGAGGCGACGUGAAUUCGUCCUGGCUCUAAUAAUCACAGGAUCGAGGGGUUCCCCCGUUUAGAUUUUUAGAUCGCGUGUUCUUUCGUGCAGUGGCCGAGGAAACAACGCUGCAAUGCCCCGUUCUUUAAACCACAAUGGCCCAAAGCAUUGGCCGAAUUUCCAUAUAAUGGAUCGAUAAUGUGCCGGCACGAGCGCGCGCGCGUGAGUUUUGAGCGACACGGUAAUCGGAGCCCUCGAUUUUUCGGAACGCGAGGCAAGGCAAGGAGGGGAGAAAAAACUUUCUUCCGAAAUCAUUGGCGUACAUAUACAUGCACACAAAUGUAUUAUUCGGGCUUUCGGCGAUCGAGCCAUUGAAAAACCAAAUGGUCCGAUUCCAGGCUCGUCGUAUGCAUGUACAAGAAAAGGUGGGCAGCUCGGGCACAAUGGGUCCGAAAACUCGUAUACAUACGUAAGCUUGAGCAAGCGGGUAUCAAGUCGUCGGUGCUCUCUUGUGCAAUGUGUCCGUGCAAAGGACGGAAGGCCGACAAUGCCAGCCCAGAAAACAAUGAGACGCCGGUCCGUGUCGCGUGUGUGCUCUCUGUGUUACGUCGAUUGGUGUACGUGCACCAGAGCGACUUUCACCGAUUUGCGAGCGCGAAAAGUCGAGCCGGCGUGUACCAAUGUAACCGCGCAAGCAUAAUAGGUACAUAUACAUCUGGAACUCUACUUUGCUACCCCUGGCUCUACUGCCAAGGACACUCUGUCGCGCUUGUACGUCCGCGAGGGGAUUUAUCGCUUUUUAUUGCAACGACUCCUUUUGAUCCCGGAGACAAUGAGACAAGCCACCGCGUGCGACGGUCAUAAAUUUUUCUUGAUCCCUGCACCCGCCAACCACUGCUAUGUUUUGUCCCGAUUUCUGACUUUUGGUUGAAAAAAAAACAACACGAUUACAAUCGACGCGCCUCGAAACAAUCGUCCCCGUCGCCCCGACAAUGACUCGUGGAAGCGCUGAUGCGGGGAAUAAGGUGGCUUUUUAACAUUUUAAUCCAACAGAGUGUGCGCCUGUACAACAGAUUUCGCGUACCAACGUGGAUGUACACGUAUAUUUAUGUAUGACAUAUGAGUGAACUUGCUUGUACCGCGACUUCGCGUCUUCGGGAAUCCGUUCGUUUUGCCGAGACAGCUGUACACGUCUUGUGUAGGUACGCGUAAAACACAUAAAUAUCAUGUAUACCGGCUCGACUGUCUCGUAUAAGUAUACUGUAUUCUCGGCGUUGAUUUUCAAUAUGUGCUGGCGUACACGAUACCCCACGACGAGAGGUUUGUUGCACUUGUGUACAUAUAACGGAUAAUAGUAAUAAUAAUAAUAAUAUAUACACUUUGUACACCCCUCGAAUGUACGCGAGUAUGCGCUUUUGUACACUUAUAUACUUACUUGCUUGCGGAACUCGUGUACAGGAAAUGUACCGAUUAAGCCACAUAAUCAUAAUUAUAUACUUACCUACGUCCAAAUGGUGUGUACUUGUGAUUGUCUGCCGAGUUGAAACUUUCUUUUACACCCGUACCUUUUAUUUCAAAAAUUAUUUUUGUUCUUCUACCGUUUAGCGUCUCAAGUAUUAUACGUAACAUGUAUUUAUGUGCCCAAGCUUCGAGUGUACAAUGCGUUAGUGUGUGUGUGAGAGAAAAACACUGGCAUUUGUGUAAUUCGUACAAAAGAUGAAAUGGUUGGAUGAAAGAAAAAAAAAAUAUAUAUAUAUUAAAGCAAAUAAAACUGUGUUUAGGAGUAAGAAGAUAAAAUAAUAAUAUUGUAAAUACAAAAGCGUUGUUUGUUCGUGCAAUACGUUAUUUUAUGCUAUUAUAUAUAAAAUAAUUAUUAUUACAUCAUACUUUGACAAAUAGAAAUAUUGAUAUUUGUAUACGUAUUGUUGUAUCGACCACAUCGUUCAAAUGUUUGUUUGCAAAUGUAAUGAAUAAAUUAUCUUAGACGAUAAAA